AUUGUGCAGGACGGAGCGGGGAGACAUGGAGAGCCUGUGGGCCGCAGGACCUUAGGCUGCAUCUUGUGCCCACCAACACCAGCUUCAGUCUUCUCAGCAGCCACGGCUAGGGCCGAGCUGUCUCUUCCUAACAGCACCAUAACAAUGUCAGCAGGCACCCUUAAACACACUGGGGACAGGAAUAACUGACCCCCCACCUCGGGGGUUCUGUCCUUGCCUUCUGUACUUUCAGCUCCUCCCCCUGCACAAUUUCCGGCGCAGCGAAAUCGUGUUGGUCGCUAGUGGCAGCUGAAUCGCUUGUUUGUUUAAUUUACUUCUUUUUUACAUUUCAUGUCUUUUUUUUAGAACUAGCCUAUUAUUGCAAUGAUUCUUCUUCAGCUCACUGCUAGGAAGCUUGUUUCGCAGGUGGGAAAUUGUUUUAAACGGCCUCCGAAAUUGCAAAUGAUUCAGAUUGAAACGAGCCGCCCAAAUUCAGAUUUGACUGAAUUUCGGGAAGUCUUUGCAAACGCCAAGCACAUAACCAUUUUAACAGGCGCUGGAGCUAGUGCAGAGAGCGGAGUUCCCACAUUCCGUGGAAAAGGGGGCUUUUGGAGGAAAUGGCAAGCCCAGGACUUGGCUACCCCAGAAGCUUUUGCAAGAAAUCCUUCUAGAGUGUGGGAAUUCUAUCACUACCGCCGUGAACUGAUGUUGGGUAAAAGCCCAAAUGCUGCGCACGUUGCUAUUGCGGAAUGUGAGGCUAGACUGAGCAAGCAAGGCAGAAAGGUUGUGGUCAUCACUCAGAACAUUGAUGAACUUCAUAAAAGAGCAGGAUCUAAAGCUAUAUAUGAAAUUCAUGGCAGUUUAUUCAAAACACGCUGCACAAACUGUAAACAUGUAGCAGAGAAUUACAGGAGCCCGAUAUGUCCAGCUUUAGCCGGAAAAGGUGCACCAGAUCCUGAUACAGAUGAUGCCAAAAUUCCAGUUGAAGAUCUUCCCAGGUGUGAAGAAUUUGGUUGUAAUGGUCUACUUCGUCCACAUGUGGUGUGGUUUGGAGAGACCUUAGAUUCUGAUAUCCUGAUGGAAGUGAACAAGGAGCUUGAGAUCUGUGACCUUUGUCUUAUAAUUUUAUUUUCCAGGCCCAUGUGGAACAACACUACCACCAGCACUUGCUCGUCAUGAAAAUGAAGUAAUUUUUUAAGGAACUUGAAUGAAUAUUCACAGGUCUUUUCAAACAGUGAUAAAUAGGUCAUGUUAAGUUAUCAAAUUCAGCACUUUAAAAAAAAUUGUGGUGCUUUCAGCGAUAGGAAAUCAGUAUCACUGCUUGAAUGACAAAGGACUUUUAAUGACUCAUGAAUUUAAUUACAAGAUUAAAUGUUUUGUUUUUCAUUGAAUUUAUAAGGUAGUUCCUUAUAAAUGCAUAUCAGCUGAAUAGGACUUUGAGAACAUUCAAUCAUUGUAUUGUACAGAAAUGUCUAUGAAUAAAACAAUUUA